UUUUACAUAUGGUAAAAAAUGAUACAAGCACCCCCUUUUCAGACACAACCAAGUUGAAGAUCAUUUUCUAACACUUGUUUCAAUUUUGCCACCAACAUUGUUCAUGAAAUCAACAGUUUAGGAACUGCUAAAAAAAAAGGGAGCGCUCUCUAUCAAAAUGAUUGCCCAAAGACUUCAUCUGCGUGAUCUUGGAACGUCAGAGUGGCAUCUACAGAGAGAUUAUUGGCGGCGACCCUAGGCAAUGUUCUGAACUCUGAAGAGUAGAGUUGAAGGAGCCUGGCAUCAAUCCAAUCAUGCCUUCAUUUUGAGGAGUUUUGCCUUUGAAAAAGUCAUCUUCCUCUUCACCUUUGCACUGUACGAAGAAAACAAAAUGCUCUGGCGCACUCACUUGAAAAGCAACCAGGCACGACAAUUUCCAGAUUACAAGCAAUAAUAAUAGAAACAGUACAGCCAUCCCUGCAAUCUGACAUUCCAAUGGGGACUUGGAUAGCCAACAGAAGCCCGGCUGCAAGUGGAAAGUGUUCAGAAACUGAAGCAGCUUGUUCCCCUCAUGGCAGGAGCCGUCUCGGUCUUCCCCGACAACUAUCCUGCUGCUGUGGAGGGAGGGAUCUCCAUGUUGCUUUGUUUCCAGCACCAGGGAACUGAGCACCAAAGCUACAUAUGCACAAAUCAUAUUAGGUGCCAAGGAUGCAUUGCAAGGGAAGUUACAUCCACUCCGUCACACCAGUAAAGCCUUUGCGAUGAGCAGGCUGCCAGUCCCUACACAAUGUUGGCCACAUCUCAGUUAUGUCACAAUAACAUCACUGCAGGAGUUGGUUGCUAAGAGACUUCUGGCUCAAAGCUGAAUGCAGCUUCCCAAGAAUUGGAUAGGUCUGCAGAGCCAAGUCUGUGUGUUCCCCUUCCUAGCCAAUGACAGAGUGGCCAAGGAUUCCUUUGCCAGCACAGAUAAUUGUAGGGCUGGAAUCCCAGAUCUUUUGCUUCCCCACGAAGCCUUUCAGAUGCUUCUAGAUGGUGGCUGUAUGGAACUUCCAGGUUCAGGGGCAGUUUACCACUGAACACCAGCUGAUGGGGAGCAAGCAAUCGAGGAUGAGCACAUGAUGAUCAUCUUUGGGGUGAUGUCUCCCAUAAUUGGUUUGCUGAAAAUAUAUUAACUUGUUGCCUUUUGCUGUGAAAGGAGUAGGGAUCUUAUUUAUUCUCCUCUCUCCAGCAGAGGCUAGCCUUGUCAGGGUGAAUGGGUCACCGCCCCACCAACCUCAGUCUACCCUCAGGCCCCCUCCACCUGCCUGUCUUCUUUCUCACAUCUGAUCCAGGGGAUGGCCUGCCCUUGCCUGUCCGCCUUUUCCUCCUCACUCACAGUGCUGCCUUUGUAGAACUCGGCCGAGAGGAAGAGGAUGGAGACAGAACUAGACUGAGUUGGCUCCGCCUAUCAUUGGCUCUGGCUCCUGUUGGCCUUUCUGCCUCACCAAUCCCAAUGAGCACCAGCCGCCACUGGCAGCAAAAAGCUGUUGCCUUCCUGUUCUGCUCGUGGGCUUCCUCCAGACAUCUGGUUGGCCACUGUGGGGAGUAGAAUGCUGGCCUAGGUCGAGGGUGGGGAACAUUUUCCAUCCAAGGGCUGCAUUCCCUCAACAGCAGCCUUCUGGGAACCACAUGGCAGUAGUGGGCAGGGCCAGUGGCAAAAAGUGGGUGGGGCAACUGAUGUGUCUCUUAUCUGGCAAACAGGCUAUGCAGGAGCCAGAGGUUUCAACGGAUGCAUCUCUCCAUCCCGGCACACAAGAGUCAUUGCCACAGACACCUUCUGGCCGGGCAAAAGCCUACAGGAGGGUGUGGAGCAGGGCCGAUGAAGGGUGUGGCUUGAGAAGAGACCCACAGACUGGAGAGACAGAUGCCUGGAGGGCCAUGCUCAACCCCUGAUGUACACUGCCUCAAUUGUAGUCCCGGUUAACUCUCCUUUACUUUGCAAAGAGGAUAUUUGGCCUCCGGUCACGUUAUCACAGGUUAGGACGCUCAUUUCUUCAUUAAAAAAUGGUAAAGCCCCGGGAGAAGACAUGCUUCCCCCUAAAUUGUUCUAUAACUUUCCUGAUUGGUGGAUCCCCAUUCUGGCCAAACUGUUCACAAAGAUAAACAGUACGGGUAUCAUGCCGGAGGGUUGGAAACAAAGUAUAAUUCCCAUUCACAAAAAAGGAUUGAAAAACUAUCCAAAUAACUACCGACCCAUUAGUUUGCUAGAUAUAGGAGCUAAAUUACACAGCAAACUACUUUUAUUCAAAUUGGAAGAGUGGGAACUGGACAAUUCAAUUAUUCACCCAGAACAAGCAGGAUUCCGACGAGGUCAGAGUACUAUAGAUCAUUGCGCCACCUUAUUAUAUCUCGCAAGGCAAUCGAUAUCGGGCCCUACAAAACAUCUUUAUGCCGCCUUUGUCGACCUGGCGGCCGCUUUUGAUUUGAUAGAUAGACAUCGUUUGUGGGCCAAGUUGGCCCAAACAAACAUUGAUAAGCAAACAAAGGUGUUAAACAAGGUUGUCUAUUAGCUCCCACCUUGUUUAAUUUAUACUUGAAUGAUAUUGUUUUGGAAUUAGAGGGCCCAAAAAGAUUUUCCCCCUCAGCGGUCCGUAGGAAGAUAUCCCUCCUAUUGUAUGCUGACGAUAUGAUCCUUUUAUCUUUGACCCCAAUAGGAAUGAGGUUACUGGCGAAACUUGACCUCUAUUGCAAAAAUGAAGGCCUCCAAAUUAAUUAUAAGAAAACAAAGAUUAUGGUCUUUGGUAACAGAUAUCGCCACCGUACAUGGACCAUUGGGAACCAUUCAAUAGACCAAUGCCGCUCAUUCAAAUAUCUGGGAAUUCAUUUCCAACACACCCUGGCUUGGAAAAGCCAUCUGACUGCUGUAAAAUUAGCAGCCACUAGAUCCGCUGGGGCUAUUCUCAAAUUUUAUAGAACAGCAGGGGGUCAUCUGGUGCCUCCUGCCUUGAAAAUAUUUCAAAGUAAAGUUAUUUCUCAGAUAACAUACAGGGCGGCUAUUUGGGGUUGGUUGGUGCCCUCAUUUUCUGCGCUAGAGGCCAUUCAAAAUAAUUUUCUCAGUCGCCUCUUGUGCGUGCCUCCUGGAACGCCGGCUGCAUUUUUGAGAGCUGAAACUGGUUUCCUCUCAAUUUCUGCCCGGAUUCAUGAAACAUUGUUGCUAUAUUGGGCAGCAUUACCUAACUCAACUUCUAAGGUUCUAGUAAAGACAUGUUUUGAUUCUGCUGUAGCAGACAGAUACUGGUCGUCAAAAUUUAGGGCGGUAUAUGCCCAUUAUCACAUUCCAAUCCAAUCAAUUUCCACUCUUCAUAGGUAUAAUUUUCGGGCUCAGAUAGAGAGACACAGUGUUUGGUGGGAUAGAUUGGCAAUUUCCAAUUCUAAGUUUUCCAGAUGGUAUGGACUAGUUAAAACAAACCAUCUAAGGGCUAAUUAUUUGUCUUGUUUGUUAUCUGUACAGUUAAGAUACGCUUUUACAGCCUUAAGAUUCCAAACCAUGCCUAGUGCCAUUCUACAUGGCCGAUAUCAUCAGAUCCAGUAUGAACAGCGCUUUUGCAUCUGCCAACAGGGGAAGGUGGAAGACUUUAUCCAUUACUUAUUUGAUUGUCCGAUUUACAACCAUCCUAGAUCUAAGUUUCUUGAUGGUCUGAUAAAUCGUCAAAGUUAUAAUUUGGAAGAUCAUUUGGUUCCCCUUCUUUUGGCAGAUAAUAACUUUCAAACCACCUAUUCUGUGGCACAAUAUGCCCUCGCGGCUCAAAAAUUGAGGGCUAACUUUCUGAAAGAUAUAGGAUUACAGGAAUAAUAGUGGUUUCUUUUGGAUUAAUAGUGGUACUUCAUGUUAGUCCCCGGAACUUAUAUGGGGAUAGGUGGUGUGGCAAGCAAAACAAGCAUGGGUGCAGUCCCUAGUUAAUUAAUUAAAUAAGGAUAUGAUGAUGGGGUAGCUUUGAAGACAGGCAGGAAACCUCUGGCGAAAGAGGCAAAGCAGAGACAGUGUCCUGUAUUUCUUUAUCUUUCCAUCUAGGACAUUUUUAUCCAAGGAACGGUCACCCAUUUUGUCUCACAACAACCUGUGUGGGAGACUGAAGUGGUGCAAAACUCAAAGCGCUAAACUACAGAGGCUCCCCACCUACCUCUUUGCCCCUCCUUACAACUAGCAGAAGCUCAACACUGCCAGUCGGAGGCAACCCACAAGGCCAUAGGUCAAUAGCAGAGCACACACACUUUGCUUGCGAAAGGUCCCGGAUUCAUUCCCCAGCAGCUACCAGUCAGGGUGGGAAAGGCGCCUGCCUAAAGCCCUGGAGAGCUACUGCCAGUCAGUGUGUAGGUGAUACUGAGCUAGAUGAACCUGUGUUCUGACUUGGUAACUGGCAGCUUCUUAACCCUGUUUAAUUUGUCUGAUUCACACACGUGACAGCAGCCGGGUUUCCCUGGCACAAAAAUGUAACUAAGAAAUAGUGCCUGCUUUUUACCCCUUUCUUCCCAAUCCCUUUUCCGUUUGUGUCAUGUCUUUAAGAUUGUUCAUCUGAGGGCAUGGAGUUUCUUAUCGCCAACAUUUGUAAGUUACUCUUGGGAGUCUUUUCUGGCAAAUGUGGUCCUCCAGGCCUCUAUAUCUGGCUCUCAGAACUCUUCCCAGGCCACACCCCUCAGUGGCCCUGCUUUACCCUCCUUGAGUGCCUAUGACUGGCUGGAAUGAGUCCUCGAAUUCUGAUGAUGCCUCUUCCUUGCCUAGAUGGAGGAUGGAAAUGGACAUCCUUCAAGUCCAUCCCGACUUAUGGCGACCCUAUGAAUAGGGUGUUCAUGGUUAGCAGUAUUCAGAGGGGGGUUCCCAUUGCCUCCCUCUGAGGCUAGUCCUCCCCAGCUGGCUAGGGCCUGCUCAGCUUGCCACAGCUGCACAAGCCAGCCCCGUCCUUGUCCACAACUGCCAGCUGGGGGCAACUGGGCUCCUUGGGACUAUGCAGCUUGCCCACGGCUGCACAGGUGGCAGGGCACGUCACCCCUGAGCCACUCCCUGUGGGGUGAUCUUUAGCUGGCCCUUGACACCCAGGAGACACGAGCGGGGAUUUGAACUCAGACUCUGGACUCCCAGCCAGGCUCUCCUCCCCACUGUGCUAUACCAGCUGCUAUAAGUCCAUCCAUUUUGGUGGGUCUACCCAGAGUAGAAUUCAGUUGGAUGCAUCCCUUUCGGUUCUCCAGGACACAAAGAGCAAUGGGGACACAUAGGCCAAAGAGUGGGGAGUAGAGGGGGGCUGGGGCAAUGGUGAUCUGAGUGUGAACUACACAGACAACAGUGACUCCAUCAUAUGGCCAUCGGUACCCUGGGAAGCCUCUGUCUUCAGCCACUGGCAAUCCACAUUGCCUGACCUGUACUGAGCACGUCACCCCUGAGCCACUCACUGUGGGGUAAUCUUUAGCUGGCCCUUGACCCCCAGGAGACACGAGCGGGGAUUUGAACUCACAGACUCUGGACGCCCAGCUAGGCUCUCCUCCCCACUGUGCUAUACCAGCUGUGGAUGGAGGAUAGAGAAGGUAUGUGUAACAAUUGCUCGGCUGUACACAAGAUAAAAUGGACAUAUGUUCCUCUACCCAUAUUUGCCUCUCGCCCUGCCCACCACUGGCAUGUGGCUCUUGUGAGGCUGCCCAGAAGAGAAUGUGGCCCUCAAAGGUUCCCUGCCCAAUUUAUAUAAAAAAUUAAUAAAACUGGGUUGCCUUUCCAUAGAACGUCGCUUUUGUUUUAAAAGCAGAGUGGAGCAGGUACUUGGUUGUAACUAUAGCUUGUUGUACCUUUUUCCCAACCUCGGCUCCCGCAUCCCACAUACACAAAACCCUGUAAUUCCAUCCCAUAAUCCAAUAGACAUUUAUGAAAGACCCUUUCCAGAACAAGGCUUCCUCCAGUGGACCCACACCCCCAAGAACCUCUUCAAUAAUGGAGGCAUUGCAACAAUGGAAAGCCCAAGAGUGCGCAGGGGGUUGGACUUGAUGGCCUUAUAGGCCCCUUCCAUCUCUACUAUUCUAUGAUAAGGAAGUAGACACAACACAGGAGAGAGGGAAAAGUAUAAAUAGUGUUUUGUUUUUUAAAAUUUCAGCACACACACAAAAAGAGAACUCUUCCCCCAAAUGCAGGUGCUCAAUGUGAGAGAAAACAGCAAAAGGAGCCAGGUGUUUGGCAGCCAUGGGAAAUCCCAAAACCAAGGGCCCAGGACACAAGGAUGAGCCACAAAAUGCAGCCUGCUGGUUGCAGACACUCAUGCUAAGACUAUAAGGUUAGGGAGGCCCAUGUGCCCUUUGCUUAAGCCUCUCUGGAUUUCUUUCCUUCCACCCACCGAGGGUCUGGGGCAAGACAGUGCCCAGAUGUCAGUGCCCAGAGACAGAAGGAGGGAGGCCCCGAUCCUAGGGGUGGAACCGGCUGCUUCAGCUUGGCUCAUCUGCUUGCUCCAGCUUCUUCUUGUCCAAACAUCCUGACCCAGCUCACCUGCUAAUCUUGCCAGGAGGGUGUUCCUUCAGGCUGCUUGGGGACUUGCAAGGGAAAAGGGCCUUCCUCCUAGCAAAGGAAAACAGGAAAGGGCAGGCUGCCGUUUGUAAGGGGCACGACUUCAUAGGGGUUCUUUGAACCUUCGGGAAGUCCUCUGCCUGGGAGUGGCAGGUGAAGGAGGGCAGGAAAGGAAGAGGGUCUUAGCCAGAACGAGGAGCUUUCCACCAGCAGCAGCCAUGGCGAUGCCCUCCAGAUGCCGCUGAACUCCAACUCCCAUCAGCCCUGACAGUCGCCAUGCUUGCUUGCUGGGGCUGCUGGGAGUUGGAGUCCACCAGCAUCUGGAAGACGCCACCUUGCCUAACCCUGGUUUACACAAACCCAGCAGCCCAAGCUCUUCACGGCUGGGAAUCCAGAGGGAAAGAGCGCCGUUAACGUUUCCUCCAAGCUCAGUGCAGACUUGGUCUCCACCAGACGAACCAGAAGAACUGCAACGGGGGCUGGUCGCUGUCAAGCGCUGAAACAGCCGGAAGGUUUUACUGCUGGAGCGAUGGGCUCUUGCUGCAGCAGUGGCAAAAGCCACAAAACUGCUCUAUGCAAUUCUACCUCGCACCAGGUACUGUAAAACUCAGAGGUGACUAACAGGAGACCCUCUCCAGGUGUUGCCUGCUUACAACCCCUAUCAGCCCUGACUGCCUGUGCUGAAUGAGGCUGAUGGGAGUUGGAGUCCAACAACAACCUGCAGGGCUACAACGUUUCCCCAGCCCUGAUUUAAAUGCACGGAUUAAAGACAACACAACAUUGACCCAUGCAAAAGGGGAGUCCCACUUGUUCCCAGGAGACGCCAGCUAGGAUUUCCUGCCCAGCACUGCUCGAGGCAGCUUCUACACACCAGGGACCAGGUACAUUUCAGGAUUGACAAGGAGUGUGUGCGUCUUGGAAGGCACGGUCGGUGAGAACGGAGCCGGAAGGAAGCCUAGUCAGAAACUGACCCACGUAGAAACCCCUGCCCAGGACUGUAACAGAGACAGGGGCUACCAGGUAGCUGCUUCUCUCAAAUCACGGGAACGUCUCUUCCAAAGCUCUCUAGAACCCCAAAGCAGUCCUACAGGGCCUACUGCAUCUCUGUGGUCUCGCGUUGAGAACCUGAAACGCAGGGUGUUGAGAGGAGCACAGUCCUGAAGGGAGAGGAGACGAGGAGACCAGGGACACAGCUAUGCACGGGACGCCACGGGUUGGGCAUUUUGAGGUUCAGCUUCCCCUCCACGGCCUCCCGAGGGCAACAGCACUGGGAGGCUGGUGAGAUCCUGAUGCACAGCAAGGUCCGCAGCACCCGGGGGCGAAGUCACGUCUGCGCCAGGGGUAGCUCCUCCAAGCCUUCCUUCCCCAGCCGAUAUCGGACCAGAUCCUUCCGGGUGACCAGCCCAACCACCUACAGGGAGAGAGGGAAGUACACACACAAAUCAGAAGAGGCACAACAAGCGCUGUAAGCCAGACGUGGGGAUCUUGCAGUCCAGCAACAUCUGGAGGGCCACAACUCCCAUCAGCCCCAGCAAGCAUGGCCAAUGUCCAGGGAUGAUGGGAGUUGUAGUCCAGCAACAUACGGAGGGCCAAAAGUCCCCCACACCUUUUCUAAGCAGCGGCGUGCCUUGCCCAAGGUAGCCAAUGUGAUGGUGCCCUCCUCCAGCUGUUGCUGGACUCCAACUCCCAUCAGCCCUGACAAUUGGCUGUGCUUGCUGGGGCUGAUGGGAAUUAGAGUCUAACAGCAUGAAAUAUUUAAUUGAAUUGUUAUUGCUUCUUUUGUUUCUUCUUUUGCACUUACAGCUUGAAUUCUGUGGAAUGCAAUAAAAUACAAGGUAUAGGAAAUAAAAACUAUAGAAAUCAUCCAGCAUCUAGCACAGCGUAUUACAAUUGCUGCAACAGGCAGAAAAAUCAUCAAGCGGUUUGCCAUUUUUCAAGUGGUCCGUGGGGGGGGGAAGCUUGGGAGUCGCGGCCUUGUGUAAUUGCGUUAUGGCUGUCUGGAGGGGCGCUCUUGCGCUACAGCGCAACCAAGGCCGGGCUAAAGACAUAUACGGGAACAUUUGUGCUAGGGAAAAUGACAGGAUCUCAGCAGAGAGCUACGCGUCAUGCUCUGACUGGAAAUGAAGCAGUAUGUCCACCUGGCAACUUCUGCAGGCACAAACUGUAUGGCAUGGUAGAUUUGUUUUAUAUUGCAUAUUUUUAAAGUGUAAGUCGCCUUAGAUAAGAGAUAGAGACAGAGAGAUGGAAGGACAGACAGACAGACCAGUUGUUCUUUUCAGUUUGCCUUCUGGCCUGAUUUUUUGCACACUGUAGCAAAAAAAAAUGAAGCUUAAAAGGGGGAAAAAGUGCUUGUUGGGGCUUUUAAGUUUAUGGAUAAAAAAAGAUGAUUGAGAAUGGUGUUGGAGAAAAGGAGACAUGGUAUAGAGUGUUUUGCAAAAUUGUACGAGGUGUGCAAUUAGGGAUUUUUUUCUCCCUCUCUCAUAAUGGAAGAACUUGGGACAGCUGAAUGAAUUUGAAUUUAAGGGCAUGGAACAAACACACACAAAAGACCGUCUGCAUGCUGCGCAGUUAUGGGAUUCCGUGCCGCAAGGUGUCGUGGUGGCCAGCGGCUCAGGCAGUUUUUUAAAAGGCUCAGGAAAAUUCAUUGGGGGGAGGGGAGAGAAGAGGAGGAAGUCUGUCAAUUGCUAAAUCUAAAUGGAUCCUCCACAUGCCAAGGCAGCAUACCUUUGGUCACAAGACAACAAGGGCGAGCAAUGGGAAAGGGCUCCUGCAUUCACACCCUGCUUGGCUACUGCUGGGAACAGGAUGCUGGACUAGAUGUACCUGUGGCCUGAUCCAGGCAGGGCAGUGCUUAUACUCUUAUUGCAAGCUCCAACUAGCAGGAUUAUCUUACAGUAUGUGGGAAAACAGGAAGUUACCUUAUACCAGGUCAGAUCUAUCUGGUCUAUCCAGCCCAGCUGUCCGGGGUCUCCAGCAGAGAGGGUCUUUCCCAGCUCUACCUGGAGAUGCCGGGGAUUGAACCUGGGACCUUCUGAAUGCAAAGCGCGAGCUCUGCCACUGAGCUUCAGUCUCUCAACUUCACCAUCUCACAGUGCGGAAGGAACCCAACAGGAGGAUCCUCCUGGCUUUCACUCACCUGGUUAUGAUUGUCCACCACCACCAGGUGGCGCAAGCCCAGGGCCCGGAACAGCUUGUACACUCUCGUCAGCGUAGCCUCCUGCAGCCCGAAAGACAAGCCGUGUCAGACGGAGAAAGACAAGACAUUCCCCACCCCAAGACAAAACAAAAGCUGCAGGGUGCCACUACAGAGCAAGGAAGCGCCCCUUCCCUUUCUGGAUUUGCUUUCCAAGGAGGCAGCUCUGACCUCCCCACCUCCAUGGCGUUCUUAUUAUUCCAUUAACACCCCACCUGUCCUCCAAGGAGCUCAAGGUGGUGUUCAUGGUUCUCCUCCCUCUCCUUUUUUUAUUUCAACUUGUUUUUGUCCAAUACAACCAAAUACAAAUCAUUUGAAAAUAAAAAAGCAUCAAUAUUUGCUCGUAAAAUCUUCUCCAUCUUUACAAGAUGACUCAGAUAACAAAACAAACAUAAAUUGCACGGAUAAACAAAUUUAAAUAAAUCUAUCUAUGCUUAUAUAUAUAUAUUCCCUUCCUCCCCGUUGGAGUGACUUCCUCCCUCUCCAUUUUUAUCCUCACAACAACCCUGUGAGGUAGGGUAGGUUGAGAGACGGUGACUGGCCCAAGGUCAGCCAGCGAGCUUUGUGGCUGAGUGGGGAUUUUAACUCGGGUCUCCCAGGUCCUAGACCAGCACUCUAACCACUACACCACUCUGACUGCUACCUGCGGCACGGUGUAAGGUGAAGCGUUCAUGAAUUCAGUCAGGUCCAUCAUGCACUCACGCUCAUCUUGGGACACAUGGAUAGACUGGAUGGGGGGGAAGCAGGGAUAGGCAUCCCGGAAGUCCUUCAGCUUCAACCGCCGCUGCACCAGGGACAGAUUUGCCCGCUCCACAAAGACCUGCAGGAAAACAGGCGUCAUGAAAGGAAAGGGGACAAGUGGAAAGGAUCCCCACUAGUACCUGAUCCACUCCACCUCCUCCCCCCCCAAGUCAGACCACUGGCCUACCUAGCUCAGUAUUGUCUACAAUGACCAGCAGUGGCUGUCUGGGGGUUUUUAGGCAGGAAUUCUUCCCCAGCCAUAACCGGAGGAUGCCAGGGACUGAACCUCUGUGUGCAAAGCAGCUGAUGUACCACUGAGCCACGGCCCUUCCCCUAAAGACCUUACCUUGUGCUUCAGGAGAACGAUCAGCUGGGAGCGCAGGAUCAGUCCUCGCAGUCCAGCCAUCUGGAAAAAGAGAGGCUUGUGCUGGGAUCAUGGACACGGCAGAAUUUAUUCCCCCCUCCCACCACACUCGAGGACCGGCUGCCCCCCACAACUGCUCACCCCAAACAGGAUGGAGAGAGAGGAGGGUUCACAGGUGGCUAUCAAGGGCUGGAGCCCCACAGUGGAGGGGGGACUCAGGUGUGGAGCUCUCUCUCCUCCUCUCCCACCUGAUCAAGGCACCAGGUCAAAAGACAGACUGCUGUUGCUCUGAAGGAUCCUUGUUUUCAAACUGGCUUGUUACCGUAUUAUGCUUUUCCUGGCUUAAAAUUACAAAUUUGUUAUGGUAAGCCACCUUAUGGGCAAACAGUUUAAAAACAGAAUAUAGAAGUGUUUUUCUCAAGUUUACAAGCGAGAUUUUAAAAAACACAGGAAGCUGCCUUAUCAGACUGCUGGUCCAUAUAGCUUAGAUAUUGUCGACACUGACUGGCAGCGACUCUCCAGGGCUUCAGAAAGGAGUCUUCCCCGGAUCUACCUUGAGAAGCCAGGGAUUGAACCUGUGACCUUCCACAUGUAAAGCAGGUGUUCUCCCACCGAUUUAUGGCCCUUCCUCAUUUUCACUCUUGAGAAAUUGGGGUCCAAGCACCAAGGCACCCCAGUCAGUUUUGCCCCACCUGAUAGUUGCCUGGGAUGCUCUCCACGACGGGGAACCCGUUGUGGUUGGAGGAUGCGUCACUGAGGGUGUCUACAAUGGUGCCCACUUUCUCAAUCCUUCGGAGGCAGGUCACUGGGGUGCUCAUCACUUCUCUGGUGAGAGGGAAAACAACACAGACAGAGAGACUAGGUUAAAGCUCAUAGAUGGUAGGGGCAGCUUCAUCACGGGCUUUAAAGGGUACCUAUCCAGCACCCACCCACUCCCACUCCUCCAUUCCCUCCUUCUCCUCUGACUGGUAUUGGAUCCUUCCCUCCCCAGCCCUGGGAGAAAGCAAGAGAUCUCUUUAAUACAAAGCGAACACACAGCCUUGUCAGUUUCAUCCUAGCAAAGCAAAGACACAGGCUGGUCAGUUUCACCAUAAAGCAAAAGCACAGGAUUGGACAUUUAUCCACAGCAAAGCAGAGUGAGUCAGUUUCACUUUUUUAAAAAAGCCUUCUUGAAAAGGAACUGGGUUCCUGGAGAAUUUGUUCACUGAGGUAUUACUGUAAUACAUUUUCUCUUGCUCUAACACAGUAAAUAAGUUUAUGCACUCUUGCCAAGACCCAAAUCCUAAAAAGAAAAAACAUUCUGAUAGAGGGGGAUUUCCCCCCCAAUAAGUUGAAAUCGAUAUUUUAACUGCUAUUAGCAAGAUAGUAACCCUGUCUACAUUCACAUUUUCAAUACAACCCUCUAAAUAAUUGAGAAGUGCAUUUUAUGGGUUCUUUGGAAUUUCAUACCCGGUUAUUUGUCUGAUGUUCUAAAAGUUUGAUUUCAUGGCCUUUCCAAACAACAUGCAGAUGAUCUGCAUGGGGCUCACCACAUCUCCAAUAGUUGCCUGUGAUAGAUUAUGGGUUGUAUCCAGUCCUUAUAUUCAGGGUAGACCGAAUGAAAAUAAUAGAUCUAAUUUAGCCAUGUCCAUUUGUUUCAAUAAAUCUACUCUGAGUAGGACUAACAUUGGAUAAAACCCUAUGUGAUAUACAUAAUUUUUUUUUUUAAUGUUGGCAGAAUAGACAUUUUUGCAAAUAAGGAAAAUAAAUUUUGAGGUCGGACACAGCAUGCAUUUCAAAUUGUCAAGUGAGGAGUGCAAAAUCCUGCUCGCUUUCCUCCACUAGCAGGCAACCUUUAUCUGUCAUGAUCUUUCAUGCAAAGAUUUCUUAAAAAGAGCUUCCAUGAUCGAUAAACAGAUUCCCAAGCCCAAGCCGAUACUGACAGUCCCCUCUUCUUUGCAUACUCCAAGGCAAGAGUAGCCACCGUGGUACCCUCCAGAUGCUGUUGGGACUCCAGCUCCCAUCAGCCCCAGCAAGGACAGCCAACGGUCAUGGAUGAUGAAGGCUGGAGUCCAGCAACACCUGGAAGGCACCACAUUGGCUGCGUGCAGUGGUGCAAGUCACUGACAGCUUCUGGGUCCUACUGUCUGAACAAAAUCCUCAUGGAAACAGAUUCCAGGAGUGCUGCUCUUCCCAAUAUCCACCUUCUUUCUCCCCCGCAAUACCUGCAGGCCCCACAGCCUGCUCUAGCCCACCAGGCACAGCCUGGUUCCGUCAGCUUACCUGGCAGUGAACGAGUGUGAGGUGACAGGGGCUUCCCAGUUCAGGAAGGGGACACUCUGCAGCUGGAUGUGCAUGUCGUACAGGCCCUGGAACAGCAGGAAGAGGACACGGAGAAAGGAACUUUUGAGAGUAAUUAAGAGAAGAGAAAGGAGUAACCAAAAAAACCAGUGUCAUUCCAGGGUUGGGCCUACUUGCUCUUUACCCAGAAGUGAUGAAAUGUUGCAUAAAAAAUAUGAAUUGCUUUUCUAUCGGCUGUGGCACGUUAAGAAAUAGCCGAACAUUGGCGAUAUCGCUCCCCAUUCACAAUACAGGGCUGGCGACUGAAGGUAUGGGAGUUCACUUUAGCAGAGAAGCUGACAGAAGCUGCUGAAAGAGUGGAAGGAGGUGCAAAAUCGCAAGAAACAUUUGAUGAGUACUUGGCGUCCUCUCAUUGUAUUCACUUCAGAGCAAGAUGGCUUGGUAAAACCUUCUGAAACACAACUCUUGCUGGCGUGAUUCACUUCUGAAAUGUUUGGGGUCUGCAGUUCAUUGAGUGUUUCUUUGCUCUUGAGAAAUAUUUUGUAAUUUCAUCUUGCUUAAAAUACUUACGCAUAAGUAACCCUUCACAUAUAUCAGCAGACCAAGCUGAUAAGUAGCACAUUUUUCUUAAUAGUUUUAGUUUUUUUUUUUAAAAAAAGUUUUGAACAUUUGUGAUUUAAUUCUGAAAACUCAACAAAAACUUAAAAUUCCAAACAAAGAAGUCUGUUUAGAGAUUCUGUGUAGUAUAUUCUGUGCUGUUUAAAGCUGACAUUAAUCUCAGUAACUCUCCAAUUUUUUCAAACCCCCCAUCAUUAUUAGGAAACAUUUUUCUUUUUUGUCUUGGUGUGAUUUCCCCCCCUUAAUUUAUAUACUGUAUGCAUAAAUGCUUUGAUUGUAU